UGUCCAAUUCCAUUGUAUCUACGGUAACUAUAGAUUGAAAAUUUUGCUAUAGUAUUCGAUUAAGUCCUGUCGGAUAGUGACACGAUCUUUCAUCUAGUGACAAAUAUCUGGCAUUAAUAAAGAUUUCUGUAUGCCCGAUAACAGAGACUGUUUCCUUAUCUCUUGACGCUUGAUCCAAAUGGAGUUUAUUUAGUAUUUCAAAACCCAUUAUUAAGAAUUAUACCUGUACCAAUGUCUCAGUAUACGUCUAAUGCUUAGUGCGUAGGUGCCAUAGAAGUGUCAUUUUAUUUUUGUAAAUUCAGUAUGGCGGAGAAAGUAACGGUGGCCGCGUUUUGUAUGCAACUAAUAUGUUCUCUGGCAAUAUCAAGUCUGAUAGCCCUCGUUGGUUUUGUUUACGCCUGGCCAUCAUAUAACAUCGAAAACUUCGAAUCCAACAGCACCGUUUUAGCCUGGCCUUUAACUACCUUGGAAAAAUCACUAAUCGGGAGUUUAACUAACAUUGGCGCUUUAUUUAUGACACCUUUCUGUGGAUUUGCUCUUCAUUUGUUUGGAAGACGAUAUUCAGCUAUGCUAUUUGGAUUGCCCAAUGUUAUAGGCUGGUUAAUAAUAUGUUUGACAAACUACACACCACUUAUUAUUGUCGCAAUUGGAAUAACUGGCUUUAGUGCAGCCGGCCAAGUAGUCUCUGCAGUGUAUAUUACAGAAAUUGUACAAGACUCUAUUAGAGGAAUGUUAACAUCAUCAUGUGUGACGAUGUACUUUAUCGGGUUAUUGUUUUCAUAUAUAUUAGGAGGAUACUUGACGUAUCAGCAAGUUUUAUAUGUACAUUUAACGGUAUCUUGUCUGUAUAUUGCUGCACUGGGAUUGUUGAAAGAAUCACCAGUUUAUUUAGUACAAAUGGGGAGAGAGGAGGAAGCAAAGAGGUCAAUUGCCUUUUACAGAAGAGUAAAAGACACCUCUAAAGAAGUUGAGGUCGAGAUAAAGAAAAUCAAACUACAAUUAGACCCGAGAAUUGAAGAAAUCUUGCAAGGAGAGACUGAAAAUCCACAGGAAAAGGAAUUGCUUGACAACAAUUCUCAACACGCCGAAGAAGUCCCUAAAAUUACACCAUGGAAAUUCUUAAAAAAAUCUGAAUCUUCCAAAAAAGCUUUAGCCAUGGCUCUAAUCUUAAUGGCGGCAAACAUCAUGAUGGGGGUCAUUGUACUACAAGUCUACGCUGAGCCUUUGUUCAAGGAAGCGGUACCAUCGGUGCAUCCAAACACUUGUGCAAUAUUGCUAGCCGUUGAUUUAAUGGUGGCCAGCUUUAUUUGUUGUUUGGUAGUCGACAAGUUUGGAAGAAAGUUCCUAAUGACAGCAUCAUCAGGAGCAACAGGACUCUGUACUCUCUUGCUCGCAUUGCAACUUCAACUGGGUUUUGCACCGUACUGGUUUACUGCAUUCGUUAUUUAUGCUUACUGCUUUGUGUAUAACGUCGGAGCUUGCACUGUACCUUGGAUUAUGGGUGCUGAAAUGUUUUUGCCCGAGGUCAGAGGUCUCUGCAACAGCAUGGUAAUGGCGUGCAUGUGGAUUACCAACUUUAUGACUCUCAUUAUCUUCAACCCAAUGGUCGACAGCUUCGGCCUUGGGCCUUUGUUCUACCUCUUCACUGUCAUCUGUUUUAGUACUGCUGCCUACAGCCACUUUUGUCUUGUCGAGACUAAAGGUCUUUCAGUCGAUCAGAUACAGUUGUUAUUUUUGAAAAAGAAAUAAAAAAUAGGUUAAUAAGAGUUUGAUUUACUUUGUAAAGGUUCCGUCCUUUGGGAGGAGGAUGAACAAUAUGAUUGUUGAUUGAGUUAAUAUGUUAGUAAAGUCUUUAUGUUAUAGAUUAUGAAUACGAGUUGUAAUGGCCUAAAUCCCUUUUUUUGCA